UCAGAAUUGUCAGAAGGGGCGCCUCCAGCCCACAGAGACUUCUAGCAUUGAGUUCUCAAAUUUGGUCUAUAUUAAGUAGCUUCCUUAUCCUGACCUCAAAAAUGUCAAAUUUCGCAAAACUCCUGGACACGGUAGUGAAAAGAUCAUUUAACAACGCAGUUUGCUCAUCAGUCAAAUAAGGGAGUGGGCCAGCGUCCUCGGGCUCCCAGCCACUCAGAUUCUCACUCCGGCUUUCCAUCUCUAGGGUAGGCAGCCAAUUGGGCCGUCGGGGUGCCGUGCAUCCUGGGAAUUAUAGUUUCCGGCUCCCUCCUGCAGACUAGAAGCUCCACAGAGCCGCCGGAGGACGGUUGCUUGGUAUUAGCAAGCGGCAAGUAUGGCGGCAGCGCGCGUGGACGCGACUUUGCCUCCUAGAGAAGGAUCCGUGGUCAAUUGGUCAGGGCAGGGACUGCAGAAAUUAGGUCCAAAUUUACCCUGUGAAGCUGAUAUUCACACUUUGAUUCUGGAUAAAAAUCAGAUUAUUAAAUUGGAAAAUCUGGAGAAAUGCAAACAAUUAAUACAGUUAUCAGUAGCUAAUAAUCGGCUAGUGCGGAUGAUGGGUGUGGCCAAACUGACCCUACUCCGUGUACUAAAUUUGCCUCAUAAUAGCAUUGGCUAUGUGGAAGGGCUAAAGGAACUAGUACAUUUGGAAUGGCUGAAUUUGGCAGGAAAUAAUCUUAAGGCCAUGGAACAAAUCAAUAGCUGCACAGCUCUACAGCACCUUGAUUUAUCAGACAAUAACAUACCCCAGAUAGGUGAUCUGUCAAAAUUGAUAUCUCUGAAGACCCUGCUUUUACAUGGAAACAUCAUUACCUCCCUUAGAAUGGCACCUGCUUAUCUACCCAGAAGUCUUGCUAUACUUUCAUUGGCAGAAAAUGAAAUCCGAGACUUAAAUGAGAUCUCUUUUUUGGCAUCCUUAACUGAAUUGGAACAGUUGUCGAUCAUGAACAACCCUUGUGUGAUGGCAACACCUUCCAUUCCAGGAUUUGACUAUCGGCCAUACAUUGUCAGCUGGUGCUUAAACCUCAGAGUCCUAGAUGGAUAUGUGAUUUCUCAAAAGGAAAGUUUGAAAGCUGAAUGGCUGUAUAGUCAAGGCAAGGGGAGAGCAUACCGUCCUGGCCAGCACAUCCAGCUUGUCCAGUAUCUGGCUACAGUCUGUCCUCUCACUUCUACACUGGGUCUUCAAACUGCUGAGGAUGCCAAACUAGAGAAGAUUCUGAGCAAACAGAGGUUUCAUCAGAGGCAGUUGAUGAACCAAAGCCAAAAGGAAGAGUUGUCUCCUCUUACUCCUGCCGAAGCAAGGACACCCCUUAUACCUGAACAUUCAAGCCCUAUUCGAGAUUGCCAGUCAGUUCAAGAAAGUGGUGAGAAGUUAAUUGAACCUGUCAUCCAAGUCAAUUCUUGGGUUGGGACAAGUAGUAAUGAUGAUCAGUUAUAUUCUGUGAAGAAUAAUUUUCCAGCCUCUGUCCAUACUACAAGAUAUUCUGGAAAUGACCUGCAUCUCGAAGACAUACAGACAGAUGAGGACAAAUUGAAUUGUAGUCUUCUCUCUUCAGAGUCUACUUUUAUGCCCGUUGCUUCAGGACUCUCUCCAGUGUCACCUACAGUUGAGCUGAGGCUGCAGGGUAUUAACUUGGGCCUAGAAGAAGAUGAUAUUGCAGAUGAAUCUGUAAAAGGGCUGGAAAACCAGGUCUUGGAUAAGGAAGAAGAAAAGACUUUAAGGGCCGCAAAUGAGAUUUCUGUUCAAGUGAUGAAAAGUGAGAUCAAUACAGAGGUAAAUGAGAAAGCUGGGAUAUUACCUUGUCCUGAGCCAACAAUAAUCAGCACCAUCUUGAAGGAUGAUAACCACAGUAUUAAAUCUUUUCCUGAGACAGCUGGACUUGAUGUCUCCCAUACACAGCCAGAUGAUCAAGAAACCAAGUCUCAAAAAAUUUCAGAGAAACUUACCUGCAUGGUUUUAACUCAGAGAUCUGUUGCUUUAGGACAUGAUAAAGUUGCCCUUCAGAAAUUGAAUGAAGCAGCCACCAAACUUCAGGCCUGUUGGCGAGGGUUUUAUGCUAGGAACUACAACCCUCAAGCCAAAGAUGUGCGUUAUGAAAUCCGACUGCGCAGAAUGCAGGAGCACAUUGUCUGCUUAACUGAUGAAAUAAGGAGAUUAAGAAAAGAAAGAGAUGAAGAACGUAUUAAAAAAUUUGUUCAAGAAGAGGCUGUCAAAUUCCUCUGGAACCAGGUAAGGUGUCUACAAGUUUGGCAACAGACAGUGGACCAGCGUCUAAGUUCUUGGCCUACUGAUGUUCCUCUUAUAUCAAGUACUCUGGCGCCAUCUAAACCUCCAUUAUUUACUCAAAGUCAGGAACCCUCAUCUAACAAAAAUUCUGAUUGGUUCAUUGCUUCUAUUGAAGCUCCUCAAGAGAAAUCCUUUCCAGAAUUUCCAGACUCUGGUUUUCAUUCCUCCUUAACAGGACAAGUUCACUGUUUACAAGAUUCUUUGGAUUUUGAAAAAAGUUCCAUAGAAGGAAGUGAAAGCUCCAUUAUGGGGAAUUCCACUCACACGGUCAAAUAUGCCAAAGAGUCAGAUUUAGGAGAUACCCUUAGUGAAGAACAUGGUGAAUGCAGUAAGGAAAGCUCAAAUAAUGAGCAGGAUAAUAGUCUGCUUGAACAGUAUUUAACUUCGGUUCAACAGCUAGAAGAGGCUGAUGACAGGACAGAUACUGAUGAAGGGUCAGAAGAUAAUAAGCUUCACAUACAUUGUUCCCUAGCAAAGUUAGAUACCUUGUCUAACAGUGCUUCUGCAGAUGAGACUCAUGGCAUAUCCCCUACUUUGCAAGAUGAAAUCAGCCAGAUACCAGAGAAUUGUGAAUUAAAUAUGGAAGUUCAAGAGCAGCAGCCAGAAUGUGAUUCUACAUUUGAGCUAUUGCAUGUUGGUGUUACUGUGUAGCACAACUGGAUAUCUGAUCUCUUGGGAAGCUGAAAUCCACUUAACUUACCCUAAAAAUAUUUUUUCAGUUGCCUUUUUUUUUUAAUGGAAAUACCUCCCCCCCCUCCAAAUUGGUACUGUUUAUAUAGAAUUUGUAUUUUUGUGUCAUAUUUUCCAGAUUCUAGAUCCUGUGCUGAGUCUUCAUUUUGAUUUUCCUAGCUUUUUACUUAGCUGUAAAUGUACCAAACUAUAUUGAAAGCUAUAUGCACUUUAUUUCUUAACAACAGAAUUACAUCAAGAAAUGUUUCUGUUUCUUUCAUGUACUCAUUUCCUUUCGAAAAUGAACUAUAAUAUAUUGAAGUAAAUAUCAACCUCAAAGAUAUAAAUGAGAGAAUUUUGAUUCUUCUGUAUCUGAGGAAAUUAAUUAUGUAGAAGGAAUGUAAUUUGUUAAAGCAAAUAUAAAUGAGAAAUACUGAGGAUUGUUGAAUUAACUGAAAUUUGCCAGUUUCCUUGGAGUAAGAAUGUUUUUUUAAGCCUUGUUUUCCCUUCCCUUCUGAGUCAAGGAAAGUAUACAAGCAAAUUUAGGAAGAAAAGAUAAGAUUAUAGGAUUUCUCAGUCAGUGGAGAUGACUAAAUUGACUCAUGGAAAACUUUAGUUAAUGUUAAUAUCAGUUUUAACAUAUCAAGUAAAAUGUUCCAUCUAGGAUUAAAAUCAAGCUUACUUAGGCAACACAAGAAUAUUUCACUUACAUAGGAAGAUAGGAGACACUAGACUCCAUUCACUUGGAAUACUGUCACAGCAAACAUUUAAUUUCUCAUAAAGUGCUUUGUUACCCUACAAAUAAGCCUUUAUGUGCCAAUAUAUUGUCCGAAAUUAAUGUAUGUUCUUCUCUGUACCUGCUUAUAUUAUGUACUUAGCAGAAGUCUCAUGGCCAUUCACUUCACUUUUAACUUCUGCCCCAGAGUGAAGAAUGUCGUUUAAAAUAAUACUAGUGGUAGAAUAUGAAUAAGUUGUUUUUUUUUUUAAAUAACUAUUUUCUGUCUAAUCUCUGAAAAGUGCCACAUUUGGAAGACAAUUCAAUGGUGGUUAAAAAAAUAAACCUCACUUGUUAAAAAUAAUAUGUAUCUGUAACUUUAGGAAGAAAUAAGAUUGGAUUUGAAUGUUGUAGGUAGAUGUGUUUAUAAAUAAAGGAUAAUUUUGGAAGCUUGUUAAUUUUUGAGAAUGUUUUAAUGUAAUCAAACAUUUGAUUUUUUUCCGCAGCCUAUGGACAUACAACCAUUUAAAAGUAUGGCAAUACGUAAGUGUUCUCUAAAUUUAGGUCCUAAAUACCUAUUCAUUAUUCUUUCAUAGUCAUUGGGUCCCCUUUUUCUUUUUUUUUUUUUUUUUUGAGACAGUCUCACUUUGUCACCUUCGGUUGAGUGCCAUGGUGCCAUAGCUCACAGAAACCUCAAACUCUUGGGCUAAAGUGAUUCUCUUGCCUCAACCUCCCAAGUAGCUGGGACUACAGGCACCUGCCACAAUGCCUGGCUAUUUUUAGAGAAGGGGUCUCACUCUGGCUCAGGCUGGUCUCUAACUCAUGAGCUCAGGCAAUCCAUCUGCCCUAGCUUCUCAGAGUGCUAGGAUUACAGGCAUGACCCACUGCGCCUGGCCCUGGGUCCCCUUCUUUGAAGUUACAUAAAAUAAAAUCUUGUGAUCCUUCGAGAAUAAAGUGGAGGAUCACAUGGUACAUGCUAUUUGUUGAUAGUCAUAAGCAUUUCUCUAGUGUGGUAAGAUGUGUUUUUCUUGGUUUAUAAAUAUGUAGCACUCACGUUAAAACUACUAGAUUUCAUUCUCAGAAAUUCAGAAUCCCUUGAAAAAGAAAUGUUUCCUGUUUCAUAAACAAAACAGCAGCCCUACCUUCAAAAGGACUUUCCCCAGUGAAACCUGUAACACUGAAUGCAUGUUAAAUGAAAAUUGGAUUUUUUACUUUUUUUUUUUGAGGCAAUCUCAAGCUGUCACUCUGGGUAGUGCUGUGGUGUCAUAGCUCACAGCAACCUCCAACUCUUAGAGUCAAGCGAUCCUUUUGCCUUAGUUUUUUUUUUUUCCUAUUUUUAGUAGAGACAAGGUCUUGCUUUUGCUCAGACUGAUCUGGAACUUGUGAGCUCAAGCUGUCGCCCAGCUCAGCCUCCCAGAGUGUUAGGAUUAUAGGUGUGAGCUGCCACACCGGCCAAGGAUUUUUUUACUUUUUGAAUAAUGUUAAUUAUUAUUAUUUUUUAUUUAUUUUGUAGAGACAGAGUCUCACUUUAUAGCCCUCGGCAGAGUGCCGUGGCAUCACACAGCUCACAGCAACUUCCAACUC